AGACCUCCGCCACGCCAUGCCCAAGUGUACGAUUCCGUUUCUUUUAGAGAGAGAGAGAGAGCGGGCACUGGUUUGCAGUGAGUGUGCUGCGAGGAGCCAGAGAGAGAGAGAGAGACAGAGAGAGACAGAGAGUGGUAUCCCAACGUCGAAAGCAGAGCCAUAAAGGUUGAAAGAUCUGUCUCUCUGAUACGCCUCUUCUCUUCUCUCUAUGCUCCGUUUGAGGAUUUAACAACUUCUACUUCCGAGGUGGAAAAUCAGUGCUUUCAACAUUGGUGAAUCGUACCAGCAAACAGGCUAGUGUUAAUCCCUCUGUGACACAGGAAAAGAGACAUCAGCUUGAUUGCAGAAGGUUUGAACACAAUGGCAAAAGUUUGUUGGCCAUACUUUGAUCCUGAAUACGAGAACUUCAGCACCAGAAUCAAUCCUCCAAGGGUGUCUGUAGACAACAUUAGUUGCCGCGACUGUACUCUAAUCAAGGUUGACAGUGUUAACAAACCAGGAAUUCUGUUGGAAGUUGUGCAAAUCCUGACAGAUCUUGACCUCAUCAUCACCAAAGCCUACAUCUCAUCUGACGGUGGAUGGUUCAUGGAUGUAUUUCACGUCACGGAUCAACAAGGACAGAAGAUAACAGAUCACAAAACCAUCGACUACAUAGAGAAGGCUCUAGGACCAAAUGGGCACACAAAGGACGGGGUGAAGACUUGGCCAGGAAAAAGAGUUGGGGUGCACUCCAUUGGAGAUCACACAGCUAUUGAGCUCAUUGGCAGGGACCGCCCAGGUCUCUUAUCAGAGAUCUCUGCUGUGCUUGCCAACCUCCACUUUAAUGUUGUUGCAGCUGAAGUGUGGACACACAAUAGGCGAAUAGCAUGCGUUGUUUAUGUCAAUGAUAAGACCACAAACCAUGCCGUGGAUGACCCAAACAGAUUAUCUGUUAUGGAGGAGCAGCUCAAGAAUGUCUUACCCGUGUGCGAGGAUGACAAGGAAGUGGGCCGCACAAGUUUCUCCAUGGGGUUCACCCAUGUUGAUAGACGGCUCCAUCAGAUGUUUUUUGCUGAUAGGGAUUACGAAGGAGGUGGAGUGACAACUGAGGUUGAUUAUCCUCCCUCUUUCAAACCAAAAAUUACAGUUGAGCGUUGUGAGGACAAAGGGUACUUAGUGAUCGAUGUCCGGUGCAAAGAUCGUGCAAAACUGAUGUUUGACAUUGUGUGCACACUCACAGACAUGCAAUAUAUUGUUUUCCAUGCCACCAUUUCAUCAGAUGCACCCUACGCAUCACAGGAGUACUAUAUUCGUCACGUGGAUGGGUGCACACUCGAUACUGAAGCAGAGAAGGACAGAGUCAUCAAAUGUCUUGAAGCUGCUAUUCAAAGAAGAAUAAGUGAGGGUCUAAGCCUAGAACUGUGUGCAAAGGAUAGAGUAGGGUUACUAUCUGAAGUAACAAGGAUUUUGCGAGAAAAUGGGUUGACAGUCACCAGAGCGGGCGUCACAACAGUUGGGGAGCAAGCAGUGACCGUUUUCUACGUUAGAGAUGCUUCGGGGAAGCCGGUGGAUAUGACAACUAUUGAAGCACUUCGCAAAGAAAUCGGACACACAAUCAAGCUUAAUGUGAAGAAGGUCCCAGUAAGUGCAAAGGCACCUGAGGCCAAAACAAGCUUCUUCUUUGGAAACUUGUUGGAAAGGUUCUUUUAGCUUGGAAACUGUCCAUAUGACUGUAAAAAGACACAUUGGAUGGAAGCGGACAGAAUAAUGAAGCUGUUUGUUAUCUUUGUAAUAAACAUUAAUGCUUGCAACGUUUUGUUGUU